AUGCAUCUUACUCAGUUCCAACUUGAUCCCACCACUGUCACGCCUCAGGGAGGCCGCAGUGCGGCUGCCCGGCCGCCCAGCUGUCCAGGCCCCCCUCCUGCACACCCACCACCCUCAGCAGCCACCCCAGAACCUACCACUUUGGGCCAGCCGGAUCCUAUGGCUCAGAUGGCAUCCGCCGCAGGCGCAGCCGUGGACUCAGCCAUAGAGCACGUCAUGGGUAGCGCCCUGACCAGCGCCUUCAGUAAGGGAAGCUCAGAGCCUGCCCAGCCUGCCGUCCAGCAGACCCCUGCCAAUCCCGCCUCUCACCCACUGCAGAUGGGGCCCUGCUCCUAUGAGAUCAAGCAGUUCCUGGACUGCUCCAUCACUCAGAGCGACCAAACCUUAUGUGAGGGCUUCAGCGAGGCCCUCAAACAGUGCAAAUACAAUCACAGUCUGAGCUCCCUGCCCUGAAGAGGCUG